AUGUCUGCUGCGUCCACGGGCGUAGCCUUGGUGGCGUCGACAAGCUUCUUCAAGAUGUCGUUGUGGUCUGUGAAAAGACAAUCAAUGUCCUUUUUCGAUCCAUCGGUGCCGUGGAUAACGAUCUUAGAAGGCACCUUGGCAAUCUCCUCUUUGGUUUGCGCCCUCACUCGUGUGGUGACAAAGUCAACGUGCUCAUUGUGGAACUUCAACACGGGCAAGUUUCGUCUCCAGAAAUGCUUCAAGCCUGCGGCCGGCUUGAAAACGUUUUUCAGAAUCAAAAUGAGCUCGAGCUUUUUGAUCUGCGGACCUAGUUUGAAGGCAUUUUCGGGUGUUCCGGCAAUGAGAUUCAACCGUGCAACCUGCUUCAAUAUUUUUGAAGAGGGCAAGUUUUUGAACAUAGACGCAGACAUGGCGGUUGGAUUCAAGAUGGAAGGGCAUUUUUUUCGGUCUUGGAUAUGUGGUCACGUGAGCACGCUUGCAAGUGUGCAGUCUAUGUUAACUUUUCGUAGGCCGAAGUUAAUUAUGGAUGUUUGGAUGGGCUGGAAAUGUUAA